UUAUCGUCUCCCGUCUAGUUCAGUCGUUGCUCUCUCUAGUAGCCUCUGUUGACCUACAUAUUCCAUAUAGAGCUCCGGAAUCGGGGAGCUCUUCUUGAUUCUUUGGAAUCUGCCGCACACCGACGAUGCAUCGAUGGAGUAGAAAGAAGAGCCCUUUCCCCCUGGUCGCGCUCGUCUCCCUCGGCUUCAUCGUUUGUACGAUUCUGUACCACGAAAGCAGCAUCCGACAAAUCUACCGAGACCCGGAUCAAGUCCCCCAGAAGCAACCUAAGAUCACUUACGUGAGGCCGAAUCAAUCAGCUCGUAGGAGCAAAGCUCCUGGGGUCUUGGAUAGAUUUAGCAGAUGCAACUCGACGAGAGAGUACAGUGGGAGGAAGAUCAGGUGGGAUGAGGCUGCACUGGUGUCCCGUCAACGAAGGGUUGAUUUGGAGAGGUGCAAUGUGUUUUCGGGGAGAUGGGUGUUCGACAACAUGUCGUUCCCGAUGUACAGCGAGUCGGAAUGCCCGUACAUGUCGGACCAGCUGGCUUGCCACAAGCAUGGGAGGUCUGAUUUGGACUACCAGUAUUGGAGAUGGCAACCUCAUCAUUGCAAUAUAAAGAGAUGGAGCGUUACGGAAAUGUGGGACAAGUUGAGAGGAAAAAGACUAAUGUUUGUUGGAGAUUCAUUGAAUCGAGGGCAAUGGAUAUCGAUGCUCUGUUUGCUGCAUUCGGCAACUUCCAAGGACAAAAGAUCUAUAACGCCUAAUGCACCUCUUACAAUCUUUACAUCAGAGGAAUAUAAUGCCACUGUCGAAUUUCUCUGGGCCCCUCUCCUUGUUGAAUCUAACUCCGAUGAUCCGGUGAACCAUAGAUUGGACGAGCGAAUAAUACGGCCGGAUUCAAUCCUGAAGCAUGCGGCACAGUUGGAGCAUGCUGACAUUUUGGUCUUCAACACAUAUUUGUGGUGGAGACAAGGUCCUGUUAAGCUACUAUGGAGUGAUGACAGAAAUGGCGAUUGUGAAGAAUUAGAUGGUUUGGGUGCGAUGGAGUUGGCAAUGGAGACAUGGGCAGACUGGGUGACCACUAAGCUCGAUCCUCGCAAGAAAGUCCUUUUCGUUACCAUGUCUCCAACACAUCUCUGGAGCCAAGAAUGGAAGCCUGGGAGCGAAGGGAACUGCUAUAGCGAGCGGGCUCCUAUUGAUGUGGAGGGCCACUGGGGAACCGGUUCUGACCUGCCCACGAUGCGCAUGGUGGACCAAGUUCUCGGCAAGUUGGGUCCGAGAGUCUCCGUGGUCAACAUCACUCAGCUCUCAGAGUACCGAAAAGACGGGCAUCCGUCUAUCUAUCGGAAGUUCUGGGAGACGCUGAAGCCCGAGCAACUGGCAAACCCCGCGAGUUACUCUGACUGCAUCCACUGGUGUCUGCCGGGUGUGCCUGAUGUGUGGAAUCAGCUAUUGUUUCAUUUUUUGUGAAUCUGAGGCGUACAUUAUUGAGCUUUACUGCUGUGUUUCUUAUAGAAUGGAAGAAGGAAAUUAGAGUUCAUUGCCAUUCUCUCUUCAACAAAUCAAUUCAUUGUUUUAUUAGCA